CAGUAUAUCUGGCUCUGUGCCGGAUACUGACGUGUUCUGUGUGAUACAUCACAUCAUUCGAUUAACACAUGUCCGUUUAAAGUGAUAAAGUCCACUACUAUUCGUAUUUCCAAUUGUUUUUACAAUGCUUUCGCUGUUAUUGUUGACAUUUCUUUGUGUAUCAUAUUCGGAUCAAAGAUCGACUCCAGAAGCUGACAGCUAUGUUGCAGCUGUUGUUGAAUACCAGGUGCAGAGCAAUGUGGAGACGAACUUGAGGAAUUACAUCAAUUUAAUACAAGAUGCUGCAUCCCAGAAUGCUGACAUUGUGGUAUUUCCCGAGAUGACCUUGACAAGAGGCAACAGCGUUGUCAUCCCCAUCCAUGGCUUGCUUAAAGAGAAUCCCAUACCAGCUUUGGCGCCAGAAUUGUAUGAUGAGAUCCUUGUAUCAAUAUCAGCUGCGGCAAGACAGAAUGAGAUAUAUGUUGUUAUCAACGUUCAAGAGAUACUCAAUUGUACAAAUCCCCAAGCUGAGGGUGAGAACUGCCCAGAACAGAAACAAUACUUGUUCAAUACGAAUGUCGUAUUCAACAGGUCGGGAGCGGUUAUUGAUAGGUAUCGAAAAAUAAAUCUCUUCGGUGAAUUCACUCGUACACCGGCACUUUCACCAGAUCUUGGGGUGUUCGAGACAGACUUCGGAGUUACUUUCGGUCACUACAUUUGCUUUGACCUUAUGUUCCAAGUUCCCGCUAUACAGGUUGUUGAAAAAAUGAACAUUACUGACAUCGUCUUCAGUACUAUGUGGUUUUCUGAAAUGCCUUAUCUAACUGCCGUCCAGAUUCAGCAGGCCUACGCUUACUCCAUGAACGUUAAUUUCCUUGCCGCUGGAGCAAAUAAUCCCAGAGUUGGAAGUGCUGGUUCAGGGAUCUACUCGGGGAAAGCUGGUGCAUUAGUCAGCAUCAUGCCUGGUCAGCCAACCACAAGAUUGUUGGUCGCUACUGUGCCAAAGGUGCCAGGAGAGGUAACCGGCAAUGUAACGGGACCUAUCUUCGACAGUCCAUCUAUCCAGGAUAAUCUGACACUUAUAACAGACCCUUCGCUGCCCUCACAUCAGACAAGACUACUAAGAAAUGAUGUCGAAGAUUUUGUGCUCUUUGAUAGAGACGUGCUCUGUCACUUUCGUGUGCGAAUGAGUGGGAGAGAGGGGAAUAUGGCACCAUUUUACAGGGCAUUUGUUCAAGAUGGACUCCAUGUUUACGCAAAGCGUAACGUUGGUGAUGUUGGUUGCGUUAUAGUUGCUUGCAAAACAGAAGAUCCCAAAAGCUGCGUUUACAAAUUCGAUAAUAACGAAGGUCACACAAGUAUAGAGGAAUUAAAGAUAACAAUGACGUCAUACGGAAAACAUUAUAAUUCCACAUUGAAAUGCAAUGACAUCGUAUAUUUUCCAGAGUCGUUACAAAACAAUAAAUUUCCACUUCAUCCCAAAAACAUUACAUACAAUGUAGAAAAUAUUAAUGAAUUUGAAAGUACAAAUGCUAUAAACAGCGACCGGAUGCGUAUGACAUAUAAAAUUAAUACACCACAGAAUGAUUUAAUUUCUUUUGGUAUCUGGGGAAGGAUAUAUACUAGGGAUGGUAAAGUUAUAACAAUAAGCACAAAGGAAGACAUUCGGCGAUACCAGCAAAUCGAAAGCGUCAUUUACGACAGCGAUAAAGGCCGCGAACAUUUGACUUCCUCGUCGUAAAUAAUCUAUUUACAACAGGACAAUUGGAAGACUACUAAGCUAGUGAUGAUAAUAUAAUUUGUGUGUUAUCAAGAAAAGGGUUAAUUGGCUAAUACUGAGAUAGAGCCUUCACCACCUACGACUUCAUUUACACCUUUCAAUGAGUGUUAUGUUAGUCAAUCACUAUCCAGUCAAAAUUUAAAAAAAAAUCCUACGAAUAUUUAACUGCUAUCUCUUAAUAAUCUCAUUUGAAAACUGUUUUAAUAUCAUUUCGAAUUUAAAUUUAUUUAUUUUUUGUUUUAAUCUUUUGAUAAUUUAGUCUUUUGAGAAUUUAUUCCGCAAAGAUCUCAAACAAAAACAAGUUUUUUUCUUUUUUAGUUGUAAUUAGACAUUGUUUGAUAUUUUAUAAUGAAAUGUAUAUUAUUUUUAGCAAAUAAAGUUCAUCGUAUAUU